CCGUGCUGGGUGCGGUGCCUCGGGGCUUCCAGAGGCUGUCAAGCCCUAACGCCUAGUGGCUUGGCGGUGACGCCCGCCCAGCUGGGCCAUGUCAAAAGGCUCUGGUUCUGCCCCGCUGCCCUCGACCCCGGGGUCCCGGAAACUCGUGCCCCGGAGCCUCAGCUGCCUCUCAGACAUGGAUCGACGACCCUGCAGACCCCCGGGCUGCGACCCUCGGCUGCGGCCCAUCAUCCAACGAUGCUCGCGCUCGCUGCCCACCUCCCCGGAGCGCCGUGCCAAGGCAGCGGGAGCCCCGGGCGCCGCGUGCGGAGCUGGCUGCAACCGGCAGGUCCGGGUGCGCUUCGCUGACGCGCUGGGCCUGGAGCUGGCGCAGGUCAAGGUGUUUAACGCAGGCGACGAUCCGUCCGUGCCGCUGCACGUGCUGUCGCGCCUAGCCAUCAACUCAGACCUGUGCUGCAGCGGCCAGGAUCUGGAGUUCACACUGCAGUGCCUGGUUCCCGACUUCUCGCCGCCCAUCGAAACCCCGGGCUUCGGAGAACGCCUGGCGCGCCAGCUUGUGUGCUUGGAACGUGUCACCUGCUCUGACCUGGGCAUCAGCGGCACAGUGCGCGUGCGCAACGUGGCCUUCGAGAAGCAGGUGACAGUGCGCUACACCUUCUCUGGCUGGCGCAGUGUGCAUGAGGCAGUGGCGCGCUGGAGAGGACCUGCGGGUGCUGAAGGUACCGAGGACAUCUUCNCCUUCGGCUUUCCAGUGCCUCCCUUCCUGCUGGAGCUCGGCUCCCAGGUACACUUCGCACUGCGCUAUGGCGUAGCUGGUGCUGAGUACUGGGACAACAAUGAUGGUCGCGACUAUAGCCUUACUUGUCGCAGUCAUGCCUUGCACAUGCCACGCGGGGAGUGCGAGGAGAGCUGGAUCCACUUCAUCUGAGCUGCAGGCUGUGAACCAGGAGUUUCCAUCUCUGCAGACCUGCAGUCACUUCCCCACCAGUGCAGCUCUCUGAGCGGCCAUCUCCCAUCCCAGCCUUCUUUCCUAGUGGUCUAGCCUAAUUUUUCACUGUGAAGCCCUGUGGCGGUAGCCUGGCCUGUCUUGUAGUGAAUUCUCUUGAGAGCCUGGCGGUCAGCCUGUGUAACACGUUGUGGGGAGGGUGUGGGAGGGCAGAUGCACGGGAUUGGGGCCCUCAAUUUCAGUAGGACCCAGGUCAGUGUUUUGCAAGAAAGGCCUUUUGCAUGUCUCCUCUAUGUGUCUAAAUAUAAGUAGCUGUUAUUUAUUAUUGUGAAGUUAGGCUUCCACCCAUGGAGAAUGCUUUCUCAGGAAUACUCUAAUCAGCUUAGAGGAGGCCAGNUAUUUGUUUGCACCCACCGUAAUAAUUGUACAAAUACACAGUGUGGCCUGCAUUAUGGUCCCUCGAGGCAUUUCUGCCCUGGGACNGUGAAAAUCUGAGACCAUGUUUGCUUGCCAAUGUCUGUAGCCUUCCAACAGUAGAAACUAUUAAUAGCGAAGGAACUCGCAGCUCAUCUGUCACCACAUAACCAUUUCUGGGCUUCGAGGCUGCCCUGGUUAGGCGAUGCCUCCCACAUCAACAGCUGGGGAGGAGUGGACAGAAAAGCCUCCAACCAUGCAACUCAGCCCAGACAGCCCUUUCUCUUCAGGGACUGCCUGUUCACACAUUUGUCGUCUACUGGUCUGGUUCUGGGUCUGCUUGUUAGCAGGGCAUAUUUUGUUUUUGUUUUGUUUUUGUUUUGUUUUGAAACUACCUGAGCCUUUAAAAAGAUCUUGCCUUAAGUAUUUUAUGUUUUCAAGUGGCCACAGGGAUUCAGGCAGGCGUGUCCUUCCCGGGGACCUUUUUCCACGAGAGAAGUGACAUUUUUAUUUCUUAAGUAUGGAAAGAUUCCAGGAUUCAUAUUUUAGAAGUCAGCUUCCAAAUGAACCUGGGCGGUUCUCAGAAUUAGCCAAGGUACUGGAGGAAAAACAACUUGUGGAUUUUUAUUCACCUAAUGUGUUUUAAAUUUGUUAUGUCGGGUUUAACAGAUACCACCACUUUAUUCUUUGUGCCUUCGGUUAGGAAAGUUGCUAACAUUUUUUUACGGGCUUAAUUCCCAGUUUUAAAAUGUUACAUACUUUAAAAAAAANCAAACAACAACCAAAAUCUCCAACUUAGUCCAGACCACUCACUGGUCCCUGCAGGGUGUGCCUGCUGCUUAAAGCCCCCAUGAAGAGGCUGGCAAAUAUUUUUGGUGCUGAACUCUGGUCUCUCCGACAGCAGGUGCUAGAACUGUGGUGGACAAGACCUCCAAGAUGUGACUUUUGCUUUUGAGACGGUGGAUGUCCUGUGACAGAUUGACUUGGUGACACUGGUGGCGAGUGUGAUGCUCGUUAAACCGUGAUGGCGGAGAUGCAUUUUACCCUUGAACCCAUUAGGUUUUGAUACUUGAAACUUCUGCCUUUUAAAAAUUCCAAGAACAGUGUUGGGCUCCUCUGCUACCUUUCUGGACUGAGAAAAGUUCUGAUUUAAAAU